AUGGUUAACAUUUGUCUCAUCUGUGAUUUCUUCUACCCAAGACUAGGAGGAGUUGAAAUGCACAUAUUUCAAUUGGGACUGUGUUUGAUGGAGAGAGGUCACAAAGUGAUCAUAAUUACCCAUAAAUACGACAAUAGGACUGGUGUACGCUACAUGACAAAUGGCUUGAAGGUGUAUUACUGUCCUUUUGUGCCAGCACAUGAAUAAGUUGUGCUAUUUACAUACAUGGGGAGCUUGCCAUUAUUAAGACAAAUAUUAUUAAGGGAAGAAAUUCAUGUUGUGCAUUCACAUGCAGCUACAUCAUUUUUUGGAGGUGAAUUAUUAUUGCAUGCUAAAUCUAUGGGGUACAAAACUGUAUUUACAGAUCAUUCGUUAUUUGCAUUUAAUGAUGCUGCUUCAUUUCAUGUUAACAAAAUAUUGAAAUUCAUUUUGAGUGAAGUGGAUCAUGCAGUUUCUGUGUCUCAUAUAAGCAAGGAAAAUUUAAGUAUGAGAGCAUCAUUAGAUCCUAGAAACAUAAGUGUAAUUCCUAAUGCCGUUGAUUGCAGUAGAUUCAAACCAGAUCCAUCUAAGAGGUAUCCACUCAAUACAGUCAACAUUGUUGUCAUUAGCAGAUUGACUUUUCGAAAAGGAGUGGAUCUAUUAGUAGAUGUUGUACCAACCAUAUGCAAGAGGUUUCCUUAGGUCUAUUUCAUCAUUGGAGGAGAUGGACCAAAGAAGAAGAUUAUAGAAGAAAGCAUCAAAAAACAUGGUUUGACAGACAGAGUUGAGAUGUUAGGAUCAGUGCCUGGUCAUAAAGUCAGAGAAGUACUAGUAAGAGGUCACAUCUUUUUGAACACUUCAUUAACAGAAGCCUUUUGUAUUGCUAUUGUUGAGGCUGCCUCUUGUGGCUUAUUUGUUGUUUCCACUAAUGUAGGAGGGGUAGUUGAGGUUUUACCUAAAAACAUGGUAAAUUUUGCUAAGCCUGAUCCAGAUGACAUCUGUGAAAAAUUGGCAGUAGCCAUUCCAAUUGCUAAGAAUGUGCCAUCACAUUAAUACCAUGAGUAGGUAGCUAAAAUGUACAGUUGGCAUAUGGUGGCUGAAAGAGCUGAAACUGUGUACAAUAAAAUUUUAUCAUCUCCUUAUCCAUCUUUAUUGGCUAGAAUCAAGGCUUGUUAAAGCAAUGGUCCAAUAUUUGGAUUAUAUUUAUUGAUAUUACUCAUAAUUGAUUAUAUUGCCAUUUUUAUAUUGGAUUUGAUAUUUCCAUAUAAAAAUAUGUCUAAGCCUAUCAAAUUCAAUUCAGAAUAUAGGGUUAAUAAAGAAAAAUAUGGAGAUCAUUAAUUCAAACUAAAUUGA